UAAUAAUUAUAUCUUAGAAGGAACAAAAAAAAAACAUCUUUGAAUAAAUUAAAGUUCCUUCUACACAUGCAAAUGCAAUAGAAAGAAUAAAGUUUUUCAAUUCUUUUUUGAAUUCAAUAGAGAAAAUCAUCCCUUUUUUCAAUCUAUAUAUAUAUUGGUGAAAAUUUUAUGCCUAUAAGCCAUCAACACCUUUGCCAUGGCCACAAACAAUUUUAAAGCUGUCACCACCCUGCCACCUCAAAAUACAAAUCCUUCAACUAAUAAAAGUUCAAAGGGAUCCGCGGAAAGAGAUACUGCUCUUGCACAGCUUAGUAACGACAAGAAGUCUGCGUUUGUCAAGGCAUGGGAAGAGAGCGAAAAAAGCAAAGUUGAUAACAAGGCUCAAAAGAAGCUCUCUAAAGUUGCAGCAUGGGAGAACAAAAAGAAAGCACAUCUUGAUGCUAAACUGAAAAAACUUGAGGUAAGAUUAGAGCAAAAGAAAGCAGAAUAUGCAGAAAAGUUGAAAAAUAAAGAAGCUUUAAUACAUAAGGAAGCAGAAGAGAAGAAAGCCAUGGUUGAAGCUAAACGAGGGGAACAAAUUCUUAAGACGGAGGACAUGGCUGCCAAAUAUCGCGCCACAGGGCAAAAUCCUAAGAAGUUACUUGGAUGUGUUGGAUGAUAAAAGCUUUUUUCCCAUUAUUGUAUAUUUCUUGCAUGCUGUUGUUUCGCGUGUUUUCUUUUACCUGUCCAGUUUUUUUGUAAUGCUUCCUAAUCUGUAUAGGAACUUAAAGUCUGCUUAGGAAAACAAUUCAUGUUAUGGAGAACUCAAUAUCAAUGUGUGUGAGAUCCCUUUUUAAUUUGAUUUUGUUUAGCAUCA